ACCUUUGCCUUCGGUACUGUUGCGCUGUAGUGUUAAGAAGGUGGGUGGAUGCGCAUGAUGCGUAGGAUAAUGUGCGUACUGCCACAUUCGGCGCAUGGUAGAAUGCGACGCUUUGUUUUCUUUUGUCAAAAAAGGUAAAAUGAACGGAUGUUUAUAUAGGUGGUGGUGGACCUGGUGGUGGUGGUGUAUAAAAAGCGACGUUAUGUCAAACAAUAGCAAAAAACAUUCUUUCUAACUCAGUCUUUGUUUUCACUCAUAAACUUCUCUUCUGCUUUCCGUUUCACAUACAAUUUAAAUUUUAUUAUUAAUCUAUGUAUCUUAUACCUUCCAUUUUCUGUUCCUGAGACUGAAAAGGAUUUUCAAUUUUCAAUUUUUUUCAGAAAUUGAUUCUGUGAUUCGCUUGGUUGAUUGAUCCAUGUCGUCGGAUAUAAGCUAGUCUUACCCACACUGUACUCUGUUUUUUCCUGAAACAGUUAGUUAAUUUCGUUUUUUCUUUAUUCAAUCUCGGAGAAAAUUCCUUAUAGUUUUUUUUUUAUGGCACAAUCGAACACAAGUGACAGAAUCUCCGCGUUGUUAGGAAAUUUGAUUUUUUUUUUUUGUAGUGAUUGUUGGUCAUUGAGCGAGGAGAAUUUUGAAUAAGUUAGGGUUUGUAAAAAAAGUUGUUGGCGGUUGAGUGAGGUUGGUUGAGGAGAGGAGGGAUGGGCAGGGGUUGGCUUUUACUGGCAACAGUAGGACCACCGAUAAAGCCGCGGGCUGGGUUGCGGAGAAAGCAAGCUGGUAGAGGGUCUUAUAGAGGCAGCUAGGCUUAGCUUCAGGCUGAACACAAUCAACGAGACGGGGCCGAGGGGCGUUGUGUUUUUGUAUUUUCUUUUUGUUGUUUCGAGAGAAAAGAGAGGUGACAGUUCCGUGUGUUUUAGUUUUUCACGAUUUGUGUUUUCCAUUGAGGAAAAAAGAUGAAUACUGGUAGUCCUGAGCUGCACCAAGUACUUAAAAGCCUCUGUUUCAAUAGGGAGUGGAAGUACGCCGUCUUUUGGAAGCUCAAACAUCGGGCUCGCAUGGUGUUGACAUGGGAAGAUGGUUACUAUGACAAUUGUGAACAACUUGAUUCUUUAGGGAAUAAGCCUUCAUAUGAGACACUUGAAAAUAUGCAUGGUGGGCAUUAUUCACAUGAUCCCCUUGGGUUGGCUGUGGCAAAAAUGUCUUAUCAUGUGUAUUCCUUGGGGGAAGGGAUUGUUGGGCAGGUUGCGGUUACUGGAAAACAUCAGUGGAUCUUUGCAGAUCAACAUGUUACUGGUUCUUGUUCAUCCAUUGAGUUCUGUGAUGGUUGGCAAAGCCAAUUUUUAGCUGGGAUCAGGACCAUUGUUGUUGUUGCUGUUGGUCCACAUGGAGUUGUACAGAUUGGUUCUCUGAAUAAAGUCAGUGAGGAUAUGAAACUGGUGACUCAUAUCAGAGAUAUCUUUUUCACCCUUAAAGAUUUUUCAGUAGAGCACGUUUCUAGUUCAAUGCAAUGUAGUAUGAAGAAUGCAUUAUCCCUGCCAGAUUUUCCUACUGAGAGUUUAAAUUCAGAAACUAUUCCUAAUUGCAUGAGCAAUUCAGAUAAAGUUGUAAACAAUGAAAAAACAAAUGUUCAGUUUCCCAUGUUCCCAUACGUUGAGAAACAUGGUGAUAAUUCUUAUAUAUGCUCUGUGUCUGGUACUCAGCCUAAAACAGCUGUUAAAGUGGUCAAUAAGCAUGGAGGGAUUCAAUUUUCUGCCCUAGGUAGUGAUGGAAGUGACAAAUUACUUCAGCCAAAAUCAAAUGUUAUCAAUUUGCAGCAUCAGAAUGAAAUGGUGAUAGAUUUGAUUGGGGACCAGAUGAGAGAAAGGGAGAUUAAUAGCUGGAAAGAUUUAGGCACAGUAUCAGAGCAAGGUGUCCCUCCAUCUUCAAUCAGUUCUGUCAUCAAUAGCAUAAAUUUAUGUAGUGUUGCAUUUCCAGCUGAAAAGUUUGUUGUUGAUCAUGCAUAUUUCUCUUCAAACCCGCUUGACUCUACUCUUAAUAACAGAGUUAAGUUUGAAUGUAUGGAUUCUUAUCAAAAUGGGAUGUUGUGUGUAUCUGAAUCAUCAUAUUUGAAAUUCCAUAAAGAUCUCGAGAAGUUAGGGAAUCAAACUGAAUUCAAUCACUUAAACCCAUCAGACACAUCUUUGAAGUUCUCUGCUGGUUCUGAGCUGCAUGAAGCACUAGGACCUGCUUUUCUGAAGAAAGGUAUCUAUAAUGAAAGAGAACCAGAAAAUGCUGAUGCUGGAGAAACCAUUGAGAUGCCAGAGGUGAUAAGCAGCAGCCACUUGUCAUUUGGCUCUGGCUCAGAGAGUCUUCUAGAAGCAGUAGUAGCUAAUGUUUGCCAUGGUGGCAGUGAUGUUAAAAGCGAUAGAUUAUUCUGUAAAUCAAUGCAGUCACAGUCACUGUUGACUGCUGAAAAAAUGCCUGAGCCUUCUAGCCAGACUAAGCAUACUGUUAAUUCAGUAGAUUAUUCAAUAAAUCAAUCCUCUUUUGUAGAAGAAGACAUAAAGAAGUGCUUGAGUUCAUCAGAUGUGUGUGGUGUGAUAUCUUCAAAAGGGUUUUCAUCAACUUGUCCAAGCACUUGUAGUGAACAGUUGGACAGGUCUUCAGAACCAGCUAAGAACAACAAAAAGAGGGCUAGACCUGGUGAAAAUUGUAGGCCUAGGCCAAGGGACAGACAACUGAUUCAGGAUCGUAUCAAGGAGCUGAGAGAGCUUGUGCCAAAUGGAUCAAAGUGUAGUAUUGAUUCCUUGCUGGAGCGAACAAUCAAGCACAUGCUCUUUCUGCAAAGCAUCACUAAGCAUGUUGACAAGCUCAGCAAAUGUGCUGAGUCAAAGAUGCGGCAGAAAGUUACAAGCAUUCAGGAUUCAUCCAACUAUGAACAAGGUUCAAGCUGGGCUGUAGAGGUAGGAAGCCAUCUGAAAGUUUGUUCAAUUGUUGUGGAGAACCUAAACAGGAAUGGACAGAUGCUUGUUGAGAUGCUGUGCGAGGAAUGCAGUCACUUUCUUGAGAUAGCAGAAGCCAUCAGGAGCUUGGGUCUGACAAUCUUAAAAGGAGUUACAGAAGCGCAUGGUGAUAAGACAUGGAUAUAUUUUGUGGUUGAGGGACAGGAAAACAGAAUUGUGCGAAGAAUGGAUGUCCUGUGGUCUCUUGCACAAAUAUUGCAAUCAAAGACUAUGUGCAACUAACAAAAGAGGCUGGCCAUCUCUUGGGAGACAUUCACAUUGGUUCCUCUGUGAGACAUUUCUGAUCUUUAUGGCAUUUGGCCCCUGACUUCAUUUUUAUAACCAAAAGAGGGGAGAUCAAAAGAAAACUGUAAUAUCAAAGAUCAUUUUUGCUUUUUCUUAUUUUGUGUGGAGAUGCCAUCAAGUCCAUUGGUUUGAAAGCUUGAUAAUUGUAAUAAGAGUGCCUUAGAAAUCCA